UGCCAGGCCCUUCUUGCAAAGAGGAGGAGCCCAGUAUAGAGGGUUGUUUGCAACCACCCCGCGCAUGCGCAAUCGAGGGACUGAUUCUGCUUUGGAGAGGAAGCAAGGACUGGAUCUCAGGGUGAAGAGGUGUCAUGGCUGCUGUCGCUCCCCGGACCAUUUGUCCCGGUACGGAUGUAUUUGCCACUCGCCACGGCUCCUUCAUCGUUCGCUCAGACCUGGGUUGCUACCUUCAAGUGCUGGACUUCUCCUCAGGGCAGGACAUCAAGGUGUGGGAUCUGCACCCGGCCUGCCGCGGCAAGGGCCACUAUGUGGGGGACCCCACCAGUUCAGCCAUCUACCUCCUCGAUGGGGAUUCCUUUUGCAAAGUGCUGGACUUGAACUCGGAGCCUCCCUCCAACGCCGUGCCUUUGCACCCCAGCUGUCAAGGGGGUGACCAUUACGCCUCCUGCGAGGGCCGUUUCUUCGUCUUCUUUCUCAAGCGUGGCGUGGCUCUCUCCGUGGCUGACCUUUCCACUGUGACUGCAGCUAAGGAGCUCCCCUUGGAAGGCCCGUUUCUGGAUGGGUUGUAUUAUUACGGUGCCAGCGCCACCCAGAUCUCUUGCUUUGGGAUGCACGAGAGCCGCCUUUGUGGCCACCUGCUUGCCACAACGGGAGACAAGGAGACCUUCUCAAUCCACCCUGAUGUGGUUUCUUUCCUCCCUGGGGGCCUGGCUCUCAUCCAUGGGCCGGCUUUCGGUGCCUGGGAAUGUAUCAAACUGAUCUCCAACGCCACUGACAUGCCCAUGCCCAGCAGCCACGAAAUCACCCGGCGGGUUGGCUACCUCAAGUCGGCUUUCGGCCCAAAGUACCAGGCGUGUGGGUCAGCCGAUUCUGACUCUUUGGCCAUCUCCCUUCUCCAAGCCCAGUUCUCCCUCCCUGCUGCUUAUGGCGGGAUGAGAGUGCAGACCGAACAGGAAGAAUGGGAGGCGGUGGCCGAAGAAGGGGAACCUCUCCGGGUGAUCUUGCAACCCAGGCAGAAGCUCUACUGGUGGCAUUACCGGCUGGGCUUUGGCGAAGAAGCCGUCCUGUUUUGCCGGGCGCUUAAGAUCACCCGCAGCCCUUCCCCACCUACCCAUAUACCCCUUCCGCUGGCCCACUCUUGACUGGAGGGCUAAGCAAUGAAAAAGUAACCUCUUUUUGGCUUGGGAUGAAAAUUAAAAAGUGGAGACUGUCAGAAUUAUUCAGGAUGUCAUUUCUUAAGUAGCAAUAAGAAGGUGUAAGUGAAUGUAAGGCAUUAAGAAUCAAGCCACUUGUGUAAUCGACGGCCAGGAUGGUGCAGCUGAAAAGUUACUAAAGUAGUAAAAAGCUUUAUUGUUGAGGGUUGGUGUUAGAGCAGGCAUGGGCAAACUAAGGCCCGGGUGCCGGAUGCGGAUUACCUCAGGCCCUCCUCAUUUUCCCUCUUGGCAUAAGGACACCGCAGCCCGCCACAUCCUAAUCGCAAAAAGAUGGAGAAGGAAGGCACACAGCAGCUGAGAGCCUUCUGGAGUGCUCUCAGCCACUGCAUGUCUCAUCCUCCUCCUGGCAUAAGGACAGUGCAAGGUCCCCUGCUGGGAGGACAGCGCAAAGAAGGCACGUGGUCGCUGAGAGCCCUCCGGAGCACUCUUGGCCACUGCGUCUCACUCUCUCCUGGCAUAAUGUCAAAAGAAUAGUCUGAGCAUCAGGGGAGGAGGAUUGGGGCAGCUGCCAUGUGUCCUGCCUUCUUUCUGGCAUAAGGAUGGGCCAAGCAGUCCCGUCCUUAUGCUGGUGACCCAGGCCCUGCCCUGCCCCCUCCUUCGAACAACCUACCUCCUUCCCAGCCCGGCCCUCCAGGCCAGCCCGCAAUGUGGCCCCAAGGCAAAAAGGUUUGCCCAUGCCUAUGUUAGAGGGUUGUUGUUGAAGGAGUUGUUUUCAUGAAGAGUUGCUGUUGGAGAGAAAGUUGCAAAGACACAGAAGAAUUGGAAAACAAGACCAACGAGAGCCUUUUUCAAGUAAGAAGAUUUCAGCUACCUGGGAGUGUCUGAAAGAACUUGAGAAGAAUCGCAGUCUUCUGCUAUACUGUAAAUAUUCCUUGUAUAAAGUAUUAUCUAUCUACUACAAAGACAA